UGUAUAAUAUUAUAGAUGUUAUUGGUGGUAUUGUCCAUGCUGGCUGUGGCUAGUAUUCGAGCUAAAAACAUUGGUACUCUACGAGAGUUGCCAGACAUUACUUCAUCUGCGCUACCCCAGAAGCAAUGGUACACACAGGACGGGCAGGGCCAGGCUAAUUUCGGCUACGCCUACCCCGGCCAGGCCGCCAGCAACAUUCGCGAUGCUGAUGGAAACAUGGCCGGUUCUUGGAGUUAUGUCGACGCUGAUGGUAACCUGAUCAGAGCCACUUACACGGCCGGGCGAGAGCAAGGCUUCCUCGUUUCAUCCACCAACGAAGGGCCAGCAGUUGCUGCUAUUGCUCCUGCAUCCGAUCCGGUUAAAGUGGCUCCAAUCAUUUCCGAUUGCAAUGCCGUUGGUCGUUCCACCCACCAAGACUCUAAAUUCCGGAUGGUAGGAAGUGAAGAAACCAACCAGAAUCAAUAUCCUUUCAUGGUAAGUUAAAUAGACCUUCAUUUUAAC